UACACUACACUGUGUGAUCCUGACAGCAAUGACAUUUGGGGGAAUGUUGUUGGCUUCCAAGAAAAAAACACUUUUGCAUUUCCUGGUCACAAGUUGAAGUGGCAGCAUGCAAGUGUGUGCCUAGCGAGGAGAAAUGAGUACUCUCGACCUUGUUGACAUGCAGAAAGUAGUCAAAGUAGCUGCUAUUGACAGGCUUGGUCCCAGGACACUACUCACUAAAUACAUUGGCCCGGGUCUAUUAUAACCUUGUGUAAUUCAUCUUAGCUGCCACAAUCCACUUGUUGAUCAUUCUGAUAACAGCCUCUUUUCCACUUUCUUUCUUGUCCCUGGGUCCCUGUGCUCAUUGGUUUCCCCAUUUAGUGAGCAAAGGACGCUUAUCGGCCAUUAGUACGGUGUUCCAUUCGCUGUACAUGUACGUAUAUGUGCCUGUGGUGUACCUCAGCAUAGUGCAUUUACAUUGACCAUUGCAUGUAGCAAUAAACCGAGCUACAGAAUCACACUGCACUGUCUUCACUGCAACCGAGUCUGGGUGUAACCGGCUUAGCGUUGUACAGGUGAGGUGUUCCCCGGUGGAGAUCAUGCAGAGGCAUAGGCGUGCAAGCACGAGUGGCGGGCGGCCGCCACCUACAUCAUUUGAUCUUGGCUACCCGUGCUGUGAUGAGAUGCCCAACGGCACUCCGUACCUGACAGGUACAAAGGAUCUCAAUGGCCGUGCAUUCAUCACGGUGCCAUCGAGUGUGACAGUGGAGGAGGCUGGCUCUAGCAUGCUGACCGGGCGCCUGGACUACCUUGUGCACGUCAGCAAAGAGAUGUUCCCCAUCGAUACACUCCAGAUGGCUGCCUAUGUGGAAGUAGUCGGAAUUGAAAUGGAAUCUUUGGAGAUCAUUGCCCUUGGCCUUCAUGCAUUGCAACUAAAACUGCGUGAUGACAUCACCAUCGACGUGUACUUCUAUUUCUCCGAGUCCAGCGUGGCUGAUGUCGACAAACUGUGCACGCUAUUGUACGACGUUCUGCCUGCACCAUUUGAUCAGUAUGUCUGCCUGUUCGUCUCUUGGUGUGUAUGUGUGUACAUGACAACCCGUUGCGGCAUGUUUCUUCAGCACCAGUGUGUGGUCGGCGCGGAAAACAUGGACCGGUACAUUGAGCCUAGCCAGCGCACGUGUCAUCUCGGAGGCACGCUAGGCUUAGACUUUGACGGUUGGAUUCAAUGGCGGAUGAAAGUUGAGCAUCACAUGGUCGACUGCAAUAGCUGCAUGCACAAAGCCGAGACGCAACUGCGAGAGUUGAGCUCGAAAGGACGGGGCAUGUUUAGCCGUAAUGCCAUUGUGUCUGAGGUCCUGGAGCUCAAGCUGGUCGAGCUGUACAGCAGCGGCCAGCACCUGAUCCAGUACCUGGAAAAGUGGCGAUGCAGCCCCAGCUCACACACUGUCACCACUACAGACCACUACCAGUGUGUGAUCAACAUCAUCAAAGAGUGGAACGAAGGCCUGCAGAAACUGCACAGUGACUACGAUCUACUGUGUGAAGAUGAGGAUGCCUCCACGGAUGAGACCAGCUCUGAUGAUGCUCACAACCUGCAGAGGGAGUCGCAUUGGUUCCGCACGGGAGGAGCCGAGUUUAUCACGGAGCGGUGCAGCAGGCCAGGCAGCACCAUGGAGCAGGCCAGGGAAAACAAAAAGGAAUUGCAACUUUUCCGUGACAAGCAGGCGGCUGCGCACAUAGCAAAUGCUGAAGGUUUGAUCAACAGGAUCCAAACUAGCAAAGGCCACUGCAAAGAGGAUAUCGGCCGAAGGCUUGUGGUACAGGCAGAGGACCUGAAGCAGUUGAUUGUCACGUUUGGCAAGAAACUGGACGACUGGUAUGAGAGCAUUUUGUCAGCUAUCAAGUGGCACGAGGCAGCUGCUCAGCUGGUUGAAUGGGUGGUAGCCUGUUCCGGUAUCAGUCGUGCCAGCGUGGAAUCUCAGCAGCAAUCCGGCACAGCCCUGCAGAACGUCAAUUGCUGGAUAGAGGAGAACCCAUACCCGGCUCAGAUCCUGAAGCAGUUGGAAACCCUUACCGAGGAGCUAAGGAAUUACGUUCACUUCGUGACGGAAAUGCAGAAGCACCGCGUGCGCGUGCACGACGCCAUGCAUAGCCUGAGAAGCUGCCAGGUCCAUCUCAGUGCUGCACGAGAUGGCCUCUUUACACUAGAUGCAGGGAGCGAUGAAGACACUCACCCGGCGCGGGUGUGUGGCGUGGCUGGCAGCUCUCCCUGUGAUAAAUCUUCUGGCACGCUCAUCGGUCCAAGGACUUGUGAACAGAGGAUUGCAAUGGGGAAGGCAAAAGACAUCUUUACGGAGAUGAGAAGAGCAGAGAUGCCGUACAUCACUCAGAUGUACGGCUGGGAACAGACGUACUACAGGUACCUGACCUCAGCCCUAAACAAGAGUUCAGCAAGUCUACUUGACCACUGUGGAAGCAUCAACGAAGACGUUCACAAGGUGUUUACGCUUGUUCGAACUGAGUUGCAGCCGAGCCUGGAAACGUGUAAGGAAGAUCCAUUUUCAAUGGGACGGGUUUUCAAGGAGAAGAGGCUGGACGCCUACAAGAUGUACUACUAUGGGAUGGCAAGUUGGCCCGAGGCCCUGGGGAAGACUAGGGAUGAACUGAGGGCUCUUAAAGAGAAACUGGAUUUCCCAAACGACAUGGAAAACUACCUAGCUUUGCCGCACAAACAGCUUGCCCUCUACAAGUCCUGCCUUGAGCGCCUUGCCGAGGCCUGUCCCAGAGUAUCGAGGAGCAGCCAGCAGUAUCAAGACUUGAAGUUCUCCGUGAAGAAGAUCCAGGACCUCUGCUACCUGGGCAAUAUCAUGCUUGGCCUCCAGAGACUGGAUUCUUCUUACACAAUCAACCAUGUGGCACUAGGAAGACCUAUUCGCAUGGGUGAGUUUAGUGUUGGCACGGAGCAAGGUAUGGUUUGCAAGCUCAAGAAGGCGCUGUUUGGCAAACGCGUCGAGCACCAGUACACAGCAUUUCUAUUUGAACGGGCAAUACUGCUCGCAGCACCAGCGCAGACUGAGUGUAGCAAAGCUGGCUGUUCCGAUAAGCUCACCUUUGUCCGGCAACUCAAGCUUCAGUCUGUACAACUCACUGUGGAGGAGAACAAUGUGGAGACGUUUGUGCUGGAAGAGAGUGCCGAACGACUUGUGUUCAAGAGUGACGAUAACGGUUUGAUCAGAACCUGGAUUGAUGAGAUCACGAAAUUGAAAGGCAAGAUUAACACCAACAUCGGAGCUACCUAUCGAAGACGGUCACGGAAACUCACUCAAGGCCAGCAUUUUUUUAGUGACUUCACUACAACUCGAUGUGGGUCUCUGACCUUGCCCACGAUUUGUGACAGAGGUGAACGCAAAGUAGCACACCGUCAAGCGUUCGCUGAACGGGAUCGGAAGGUUGCUACUUUGGACAAGAAAACAGCGAAGAUGGCAGACAAUGCGUAUGAGUUCCAAGAGCUCAUGCAGGCACUCAAUCCACAUCACAGUGGCUGUUCCUAAAGUGUAUUCAACUGGUCGAUGAUCAGCUGUAGCUGGGCUUUUGUUUCCAGGUUACGGUUGCCACGGAUACUGUUCAUGGCGUAGUGGUUGUCGACCCUCUGCCUUGAUAAUAGAGUUUAUGUUGCCUUACUCCAAUCAGGAUUUGAUCAUCACUAUGUUGUAGUACUUCUCUGACUGCCGUACACGUUUGAUUAUUAAAAGUAUGCCUGAUCCACUCUGAGAGGCUUGGUCGGUCACUGAAGAGCUCAAACGACAAUCAAAUUCCUGCACAUCCGACUUUCUUGAGGUCUCCUUGAUUCAAGUUGAUUGUACGACUGAUGUGAGUCCGUUUCCCAUGUAUGCCUAUAGCACCAACCAUGCAUCGGAGUCCAUUCUCCAUGGCAUGGGUACCUACAGCACCAAAAAAAGAGCAUGUGUUGCUUUUCUCAUGUUGGCACUAAACACCGCCGAAGCCUAUAUUUUGCAUAAUUUUGGCUGGCAACAUAGCAGCUAGCUACGCUGGUCAAGUCAUGGUCAAUAAACAAGGAGCUAGUUUUUGUGCCGGUGUAAAUGUGUGCAUUUCGAAGCGUGCUUAUGCAUCUGUACAGUGAUAGUGAAGUUUCAUGUUGUAACUUAGAACAGCAUGCUAAAACAUGCGGUCGGCAUAUCUAAUAAUAUCUUUCUCAGUGGCCGGGUAAACGGUAGUAUCCUUGAUUACCAUGAACAUUUCGCUCAUCAUGUUCCCAACCCUAUUAUUUGUUUUACAGAACCUGAUAUGGCCACUUGAAAAAUUACACUCCUGAGAGUUUGGCCCGGGUGGCCAUUUCUUCUCACCGUA